ACGUUAUUUUCGCCCGGGGAGCUUUCCUGGUCACAAUACACUCGAGGAGAUCGCUACUCUAAGUAUCUUUCUUUCUCUGCGUUUGUUUCCAUUGAGACAACACAGAAGCUGAUGGCAAAAUCAGCAGUGGGACCAAAAAUUCUUGAUGGCCUUUCACUAGUCAAUCUCAAUGGAUCCGCUAUACAGAAUUUGUGCCCCGUUAUCCCUAUUGAGGAAUGCAUUGCUGGGAAGUACAGAACUUACUCUGGACACUGUAACAAUGUAAUCCACCCUCAGUAUGGAGCAAUCUAUGAGCCAUUGUCUAGACUACUUCCACCGGACUAUGAAGAUAAAGUCUCUUCUCCCCGCACCUCCAAAACAGACAAACCACUACCAUCUGCGGCUGAUGUUGCUUCACUUUUCACACCAGCCCCAAGGGGACAUGCAACUUGUUCGAUGAUCCUUGCCCAGUGGGCUUCAUUCAUUUACGACGACUUGGCACAUGUCGCUAGUAAUCGGAUAGAGAAAGCUCCCGAGAAGAUUUGAAC